AUGCGGAGGGAACCGCUCCAUAACGAAUUGGAGAGUCUAUGCGCACUGGAGGAGCGGGUGCAAAGGCAGCUGAGCGUUUUAGAAAAGCUGAUCGAAAGGACGCAGGGAAACAUAGAACAGCUGAAUGAUUAUAUAAAUAAGAAGUACAACGAAAUAAAAAGCCUGGCGAGUAAGAAGCCAACGAGAAUCAAUUGGGAAAAGGCACAAGGCAAAACACACAUGUCCCUGUUUUACCAAAAGGAACACGGGUUCGCUCCUUCCAAUGAAGACGCAUUAAAGGUUGCCGAAUUUCAAUUGAGUGUAUCUAAUUAUAGGAAGAAAUAUGAUUAUAAAAAAAGCGAAUGGUCCAAAAGAGAAAUUGAUCUGUUGCUCGAGGUGGUGGAGAAGACGACCAAAAGGUAUGCCACAAGAUAUUUAAUCGGUGCAAACUUAUCCUACGAUGUGAAGAUGCAGAAGAGGAGAGAGAUAGAAGAGAGCACGGAUGUAAAGAAUUUACUCUCCAAAAUUAAGAUCCACUUUGAUGGAUUGCAGAGGUUAUCCGCAGACGGGGGAGGAGUCACCGAUUGCCAGUUGGAGACACCCCCAGAUGGAACAACCAACUUCGCCGAAUUUUCAACCCAUUUUUGGAAUGAAGUGGCGUCCAAUUUAACCAACACGCAGACGGGCAGGGAGUGCCAAAGGACGUGGCUCUACCACUACUGCUUUGAAGAUCCAAAACAAAAAAAAUGGCAUCAUGAGGAGAAAGAAAAACUCUUAAGCUUAUGCAAAACGUAUGAAAGAAGAGAGUGGACCAACAUAGCUAGAGCAUUAAACACUAAUAGAAGCCCCCUAUCCUGUUUUAUAGAAUUUUUAAAAUUAACAAAAAUGUAUGAUGAAGGGUGUGGGGAAAAAGCCAAACUAGAGAGAAUAGGGUUUAACCUUUUGGAGGACAUCCAACUGCAGAUAUUGGUGUCUAUCCUGGGAGACAAAAAUUGGAAUGAAGUGAAGCUGCACAUGGAAAAGCUCAAUUCGAACGUCAGGCGCGUUCAAAUGAGGAGGGGGUUCAACCCUUGCGGCGGGGAGAAGGACAAACGGGUCAAAAAAAAACUCAGCGACGAAAUAUCCUACAAGAGGCGGUAUCUGCGCUUGGUUCGCGGGCGACGCGACCUGCACUGA